CUUGGUGUUACGCAGUUUUCUCCUACUCAUGCCAGAAAAGCUUUUCCCUGCUUUGAUGAGCCCAUCUACAAGGCCACUUUCAAAAUCAGCAUCAAGCAUCAAGCAACUUACUUAUCUUUGUCCAACAUGCCAGUUGAAACUUCUGUUUUUGAAGAAGAUGGAUGGGUUACAGAUCACUUUUCACAGACUCCUCUCAUGUCCACGUAUUACCUAGCGUGGGCAGUGUGCAAUUUUACAUACCGGGAAACUGUCACCAAGAGUGGAGUAGUUGUACGGUUGUAUGCAAGACCUGAUGCAAUUCGAAGAGGAUCGGGGGACUAUGCUCUAAAUAUUACCAGGAGACUUAUUGAAUUUUAUGAAGAUUAUUUUAAAGUGCCCUAUUCCCUGCCAAAAUUAGAUCUGUUAGCUGUGCCUAAGCAUCCAUAUGCUGCUAUGGAGAACUGGGGUCUGAGCGUUUUUGUGGAGCAAAGGAUACUGCUAGAUCCAAGUAUUUCUUCUAUAUCAUACCUACUGGAUGUCACUAUGGUCAUUGUACAUGAGCUUUGUCACCAGUGGUUUGGUGACCUUGUGACUCCAGUUUGGUGGGAGGAUGUGUGGUUGAAAGAAGGUUUUGCUCACUAUUUUGAAUUUGUUGGGACAGACUACCUCUAUCCAGGGUGGAACAUGGAAAAACAGAGAUUUCUGACAGAUGUUCUACAUGAAGUGAUGUUGCUGGAUGGUUUGGCCAGUUCACAUCCAGUAUCCCAGGAGGUGCAGCAAGCCACAGACAUUGACAGGGUGUUUGACUGGAUUGCCUAUAAAAAGGGAGCAGCUCUGAUUCGAAUGUUGGCUAACUUUAUGGGCCACUCUGUGUUUCAAAUGGGCUUACAAGACUAUUUAACCAUUCACAAGUAUGGCAAUGCAGCCAGAAAUGAUCUCUGGAACACACUGUCAAAGGCUUUAAAAAGGGUUGGGAAAUCUGUAAAUAUCCAAGAAGUAAUGGAUCAGUGGACACUACAGAUGGGUUAUCCUGUUAUCACAAUCUUGGGAAAUGAAACAACAGACAGCAUCAUAGUGAUCUCCCAGGAGCGUUUUGUUUAUGAUAGUGAUUCUAAACCCAAGAAUCCUGCCCUUGGAGACAGCAGCUACUUGUGGCAGAUUCCAUUAACAAUUGCAGUAGGAAAUACGAGCCACAUCUCAUCAGAGGCAAUUAUAUGGGUGUCUAACAAAUCAGAACACCACAGAAUUCCCACUUUGGAAUACUCAAAUUGGUUGCUGGGGAACAUCAACCAGACUGGCUACUUUAGAGUUAAUUAUGAUAUUAGGAAUUGGAGGCUGCUAAUUAAUCAGCUAACGAGGAACCAUGAGGUUAUCUCUGUCAGUAAUCGAGCAGGCUUGAUCGAUGAUGCAUUCAAUCUAGCCAGAGCUGGUUAUUUGCCUCAGAAUAUUCCUUUAGAGAUUAUCAGAUACCUUUCAGAGGAGAAGGAUUUUCUGCCUUGGCAUGCUGCCAGCCGAGCUCUUUAUCCUUUAGAUAAAUUGCUGGACCGCACAGAAAACUACAACAUCUUCAAUGAGUAUAUUUUAAGACAAGUUGCAUCAAUGUAUCUCAAGCUUGGAUGGCCAAUGAAUAAUCUGAACAAAUCGCUUGUUCAAGCAUCCUACCAACAUGAAGAGUUGCGUCGAGAAGUCAUCAUGUUGGCCUGCAGCUUUGGUAACAAACACUGUCACCAGCAGGCUGCGACAUUAAUCUCGGAUUGGAUUUCUAGCAAUAGGAACCGGAUCCCACUCAAUGUGAGAGACAUUGUCUACUGUACAGGAGUUUCACUGAUGGAUGAAGAUGUAUGGGAGUUCAUUUGGAUGAAAUUUCAUUCUACCACAGCAGUGUCUGAGAAGAAGAUAUUAUUAGAAGCCUUGACUUGCAGUGAUGACAGAAACUUGCUUAACAGGCUUUUGAAUUUGUCUCUCAACUCGGAAGUUGUCCUGGAUCAGGAUGCAAUUGAUGUGAUAAUCCACGUAGCUCGAAAUCCACAUGGAAGGGAUCUUGCUUGGAAGUUUUUCAGAGAAAAAUGGAAAAUAUUAAAUGCUAGGUAUGGAGAAGCAUUAUUUAUGAAUUCAAAACUUGUCAGUGGAGUCACAGAAUUCCUCAAUACGGAAGAAGAGCUAAGAGAGCUAAAGAACUUUAUAAAGAGCUACGAAGAGGGAGCUGCCUCUUUCUCUCGUGCUGUGGAAACAGUGGAAGCCAAUGUGCGGUGGCAAAGGCUUUAUAAGGAAGAACUAUUCCAGUGGCUAAGAAAAUCCUUGACACACUAACCUGUCUUUCAAGCCUAUCAUUUAACAUGAAGCUUUGCUUCAUGAGGAAGAGGAGACAUUUAAAAAAUGUUCAACAGAGAAAUAAUGAAGACAAGAUCACAUUGCAGGGAGAAGGGGCUUUUUUCCUUUUUUAAAUUGUGGGUUCUUUUUUUUUUUUUUUUACUCUGGGCUCUUGUGAAAUUGUCAAGAAGCUUUUAAGAAGAGAAGAUCAUGAAUGCUUGUGAAAUCCAGUCCUCGGUGUACACAGCCAAACAUGAUAUUAAGUGGUGCAUGUAAAUGUUGAAGAAAAACAAAUAGAAACUCCUUCAAAGACAAUUUUGUGCAUGUUUGUACCGUCCCUGCCUGUAUCCUAGCAUGCUUAUGUAUAACAGCCACAUUUUGUAUGUGAGUUCCAGUUACAUCAAAGAUGGGCAUUAUACAAAGCACAAA